GUAUCCCGAAAAGGUCCCCAGUUUCGGGCGCACCAAUUCCUGGUGUCCAAUACGCCCACCGGGGAAUAGGUGCGGCGCCUUUUCUGGGGUCGCCCAUGGUCAUCAUCCGUCGAUUGAAGGUUCUUAGAGCAAGUUCCUCGAAAUUGGCUUAGUGAUGAGGCACGAAGUGGUUUGACUGUGAAGAAGGUUGGCCAAGUUUUCUGCCUCUAGGGACCCCCCCCCGGCUGGCGAGUCACGAGAAAAAUAUUUGAACGCUAUGCUUGGCUUUUGGAUACCACGUCUGUCUGUCACUCCCUCCCUCGCUGGGAUUGUGGUCGGGAAUGAUCAAUUUCUGAGGCCGGGUGAUAAUGCGCUACUGACGAAGGAGUGACAGGUAGCAAAAAAGGAAACGGGUUGUGUACGCGUCGCUAGACGUUGUUAUCGUCGUCGUUGUCGUCGUUUGAAGCAGUGAUUGUAGCUUUCACCUUUUUCAGUUAGGGGCGUGUGUUAUGCUUGAUGUGAGUUUUGUGGGGGGCAAUUAGCACAAUCUGACGUGACGAUCGGUUGAUCAAGCACGGGAGGAGGGAGGGAGGGGAGGAGCCAUCCACCGCGGACCAGAAAUUGGGUUCCUGCUCGCCUGGCCGGGUUUGAUUUGCUUUGCACCUCUGACCGCUUGCUUGGCAUUCAAUCAGCAUAGUAUUGCUGUGGGGGAUGGAGAUGGACUCAUAUAGGAGGCCUUCAUAUAAAUGCGCACUUAUCUUCCUGAUACCAGUUUUUCUGGUUCCUGGAAAUGGUCGUUAGCUGCUUGUGCGGUGUGACUCUGUCUGAAGAGCUCUGCACAUAGCUUUCGAGGCACUUGUCGUGAGCACCUGGUGUAGCUCGGCCUGUCUUUCGCAAUGCUUGCUUUGACAGGUUGAGUCAAACUGUCUAACACCCUUCUUGCUCCUUCUUAUCUUCAUUUCCAGUUCGAACUCGAGAGAGUAAUUCAAGUGUUUCUGAAUCCUUACCCUUGUUGGAAAGCUUCGUGCUUAGAAUGAAAAGUCCUCUUGGGACUCUACCUCCAGAUUAUGAACAUUUUGAGCACAAAGUGAGAUAGUCAGUUCCGAGUGGAAAGGAUCUAGAGCACUUGUAUCACUGGGAGUAUUCUUGAACACUGUGCAAGUGUACAGCGCUACUUCAAUUCUCUUCGAAACGUUCACAAUCAGUGUGUAUUUUCUCCGACAGCUUCUCGUGAGUGAGGAAGAGCAACCAGAGAGGGUGCACUUGGAAAGGAGCAACGAGUUUGGGGUUUUAGUGCGAGCGCCAGUAGAGUAGAGAAAGAGUUGAAAAGUGGCCUGAGAGGCAGCAGCCUCGGGGAAAGCCUAGACGGUCCGAAAGAGGGGUAUGGUCAGCUCAUAUAUUCGCAGUAACAACUGCAACUGGAAGCAUCGGACGGUUUGGGAAAGUGUGCAAGAGGAGCGAGGUCAUGUGGUAUUGAGAGAAAUAGGAAGCCGAAACGGCGGAGGAGAGUGGAGGUCUUAGUGCGAUGGAUUUGGGGACUGGCCGUGAGGGUACUGAUCCACAACAGCAACAGAAAAGUUCGCAUCAAACGCAGCAGCAGCAGCAACCCCAGCCACUCUCACCGCUGCCAGCACCCCUUCCUUUGCUGAUGCCGCAGCCGCUGGCCGUAUCCAACUUUCAUUCCGCUCCACCACCGCUUCAGCAGCACCACCAACAUCAUCAGCUGCAUCAUGAGAUACCAAGUUCUACGAAGCUGAAGCUCUUGAACACUUCCAGCGGCAACGGAGGGUCAGUACCAUCCAAGGGCGAUCAUGUAGGUGCAGAUCAGGCUCGUGAGAUCUUGCGUCAAGCAGUUCAGGGAGCAGCCGCUGGUAAUGAGUCGGCGUCCACAAAGCCGUCGAAUGUGAAGAAGGGUACCGUUCGGUAUCGAGAGUGCCAGAAGAACCAUGCGGCCAGCAUUGGCGGCCAUGCUCUUGACGGUUGUGGGGAGUUCAUGCCCGGUGGCGAAGAGGGUACCGUGGACGCGCUCCGUUGCGCGGCCUGCGACUGCCACCGCAACUUCCAUCGUCGAGAAGUUGAAGGCGAGGUUCUGUGCGAGUGCAAGCGCAAACAAAAGCCUGGUGUACAACUAGGUGCGGCAGUGAUCACAUCCCAGCACCCACCUGGCGGGACCAUACCGUCCACCCCAAUGGCCACUCUGGCUCUACCGCCAAGCGCUGGUGUAAUGACACCGUUGACGAUGGCGGCAUUGAGCACUGGUGGUCCCACAGACAGUGACGAGCAAGACGAUGGCCUGGGAAAUAGUGGCGGUGGCAUGAUGAUGUCCAUGAGGUCGCCCUCCGCGAUCAAGAAACGGUUCCGGACGAAAUUCACGAAUGAGCAGAAGGAUCAGAUGUGUGCAUUUGCGGAGAAGGUCGGGUGGCGCAUCCAGAAACACGACGAAGCUUCCGUCCAGGAGUUCUGUGCCACGGCGGGCAUCAAGCGGCAUGUCUUGAAGGUCUGGAUGCACAACAACAAGCACACCAUGGGAAAGAAGCCUACAUAACGCCUACCUAUCCUUGGCCAAGUAGAUCCAUCUAUUCAUUGUCCUCAAAUCGACGUCGAUCGAUUCUGAUGUACACUUCUUACUUUCAUGUGAUUAAGUACAAGUUCUGUGCUUGUCAAUGCUCAGAAUUUCGUACACGAGACAUCAACUAGCUGUUUCUUCUUGAGCUCUCUCAAUCUGCCAAGCUGUUACGCAUUCCAGAGUUGCCGAACAGGGGUUCCUCGAGGCCUUGUAAGUUUAUCGAUUUGAUCCGCUAUAAGACACUUGGUUAUCAUUCCUUUCCAAGAAAAUCUGGAUGAAGCGUAGAUUGCUGACCAGAGAUUCCAUGGCUCUCAAGUCAGGGUUCGUGUUUGAUCGAAACCCGCCGCUGCCUUACGGCUCGGCCAGCUUACGACAUCGACUUCUGUCUGUAAAGUACCAUGAGGUGAGCGUUGAUCUCACUGGCUCCAGUGUAGCAUUAGUACACUAACAGGAGUUGUUGUGGAAACCACUCCUAUUAAAAUAGUCUGGUAUAAUUUCUAGAUUAGUUACAUUGAAUCGCGUAAGAGAGACGUAGCAGUAGCCUGGAAUUCAUUGUGAUCGAUUCCGUAGCAAGCAUUGGCAUCGAAGUCGAUCAAUAUAUCAGAGCCCUCACUUCCACGACGUUGUGGAGAUGUGUGUGACCGACGUGGUGAUGUAGCAGCAUCAGCGUAGCACAAUGUUGAGUUAAAUAUCAUACCGUGAAUAUGUGCUUCGUAUCUACAUCGUAAUGUGGUAGCCGGAUUACUCUCUCCAUUAAUUUAUUCUCAUGAUAUUAUUCUCUCUUGCUAAA